CACACACACACACACACAUACCCACAAACCCCUCGCUCCUUCAACUCUUCACUCUUGAGAUGUCUCAGUCAAAUGUUGAGGAAAUCCUCAUAAAAACAAGUGCACAAUUAAACUUUAAUGAGCGCGCCCACUUCUAAAGGGAUCUGAGGGACAUAACUUAAGAAAUCAGUGUCACAUCCCUGCAGUACACAGAGAAACCAUAAACUAUUUCCAAGCACAGAUACGUGUGUGCGUGUGCGUGUGCGCUCGCGGGGGCGUGCGUGUACUCGUGCAGGGGCAGAGAAAGUGAAAAAAAGUGAGAGUUUGCUCACUGUAAAAUGAAAUGCCAUGGGUAUCAUCAUAAAGUUAAUACAGCAUUUAAAAGGGGGCAGAAAAUUCAAAAAAACAUUUGUAUUUAUCGUGUAAUGGAGGUUUUGCUACAUUUAAUCCCUUUUCGUACAGAUGAUAUUAUUUAAAAUACGUAUUAUUUAGACUACAACAAUAUAUCAGAACUGAAUACACACUGAGUAAAAAUAUAACAGAAUCAUUGCUGCUUUUCAAGUGUUUCCACAAGUUAUAAUGUGCGUCUCUUUGCCGAUUUCUUAUCUUGGGGCUAAAGGUUUUUGGCACAAUUUUGUCGCACAAAGAUGUCACUCUUCAUCCUGACACAACAUCGUAAAUCAACUCAUCGGGCACAGAAACUCUUUAGACCCUCAGUAACUCGGGUUACAGUCACACACGCCGUGUAAAAUACUGGUUUGAAUUCACCCAACAUAACACAGCAGCCACCUUCUCUCCAGCCCCGGACCGUCCGCAGCUCUCCUCGGCGCACUGCGCUGACUCUGCAGAAGGAAAUCAUCGGGGGAGUGUAGGAAGGCGGUUUUUUUUUUUUUUUUUUUUUUUUUUUUAGCGUUUUUCUCAAGGUAGGACAAGCAGUUACAACCCAGCUUCUGGUUGUCAGCGAUCCCUGUUGUCUCGUCGACUUCUACAGUGUACGGUUUUGGGAAAAGAAGAGGGGGACAGAGCGUCGUGGUCGUGCGUUCCCGUCCGUGAGACCGACGCGUUUCCAAACGUCUUGACGCGCGUUUUUCCCCCAGUGAAGUAGCCCGGGGUACAGUGACUGUCGGGAUUGAAAGAGUGGCUGUUUUCCCGUGUUGUGCCACACAAACUGUCAUACAUCGCGAUGAAAAGUUUUUUAAAAGAACGCCGAGUGAAUCGCUUCAGAUAGUGUACAGUAUUGAAGAGGAGAAAGUUCCCCACUUGAGGGCGAAAUCAGACUUUUUUGAGGACGCCAAGUUUGAAAAGUGCCAGGAGCCCCGGGGUCUGUCAGAUACAACAUGCAGCAAUGUCCAAGGAGGCAGAGUUGGAUGUGAGAGGCAGUGAGUGCGACACAGUCCCACCAGAGCCCAGCACAGACCCAGAGCCACCCAGGCCACCUUCAGCUAAGGCUAAAGGACCCAACGGCACCGCUGGCGAUUGCACCAGCAUCCCCUCCAGUAGCCACAGUAGCAGUAGCAGCACCAGUAGCAGCAGCAGCAGCAGCAGCAGCAGCAGCAGAAGUGGUCUGGGUGGCAUUAGCAUCGUUAGCAGCAGCGCUGAGGGAGCAGGCGAAAGCUCCAUGCAGUUCAGCACCAGACCGCCUAGUGCUGAGCAGCCGGGCUUCAUGGGGACAUGGCAGCAGCAGAGCACUGACAGCAACCUCCUCUACAGAAUGUCCCAGCAGGGUGCUGUAACGCGGCUUCCUUUGAAGUGCGACAGGUCGACUAUGGGCCGAGACCUGGAAGAGGCCAUUCGCUGCACACUGGUGAACUGCACAUGUGAGUGUUUCCAGCCAGGCAAGAUUCACCUACGAACAUGUGACCAGUGCAAACACGGCUGGGUAGCUCACGCUCUGGACAAGCUCAGCACCCAGCACCUCUACCACCCAACCCAGGUGGAGAUCGUUCAGUCCAAUGUGGUGUUCGACAUCAGCAGCCUGAUGCUGUACGGCACGCAGGCAGUACCUGUCAGGCUCAAGAUCCUUCUCGACCGCCUCUUCUCCGUGCUCAAGCAGGAGGAGGUGCUGCAUAUCCUGCAUGGCCUGGGCUGGACCCUCCGAGACUAUGUCAGGGGCUACAUACUGCAGGAUGCUGCAGGCAAGGUGCUGGACCGCUGGACCAUAAUGUCCCGAGAAGAGGAGAUCAUCACCCUGCAGCAGUUCCUGCGCUUUGGUGAGACCAAGUCCAUUGUGGAGCUGAUGGCCAUUCAGGAGAAGGAAGGUCAGGCAGUUACAGUUCCCUCCUCCAAGACAGACUCCGGGAUUAGGACGUUCAUAGAAAGCAACAACAGGACCCGCAGCCCGGGACUCCUGACACAUCUGGAAAACAGUAGCCCAUCCAGCAUUCACCAUUUUGAGAAUAUCCCCAACAGCCUUGCCUUCCUCCUGCCCUUCCAGUAUAUCAACCCAGUCUCUGCUCCCAUGCUUGGCUUGCCCCCCAAUGGUCUGCCUAUGGAGCAAUCUGCUCUCCGGCUCCGGGAGCCCAGCCUGCCCAACCAAGUUGAACAGGUCGAGACCAGUGAAUCAGAAGUGUCCCUGUCACCCUUCCGCACAGGCCAGAGCCCUAGCCGUGGAGCCCUAGGAGUCAUGAACAACAUUGAACCCAAGACAGAACCCAAUAACAGGGCAUCACCCAUCUCACCAUCUCCUUCCACCCAGCAGGCUCAACAACAGCAGCAACAACAGACACAGCUCCAGCAGCAACAGCAGCAGGGCCAACAGCAGUCCCAAAAUCAACCUCAGCAAUCCAACAGCUUGAGUGACCACCAGGUACAACACCACUAUGUAAAGGAAGAGCAGUCUAAAACCAUCACCCAUCCCUCUUUUGCUUCCAAGAUGCAUCGCAUGCGCCGCAUGGGAUCCACCUCACGCAAGGGUCGUGUGUGCUGCAACUCUUGUGGCAAAACCUUUUAUGAUAAAGGCACACUUAAGAUACAUUAUAAUGCUGUGCACUUGAAGAUCAAACACCGUUGCACCAUUGAAGGCUGCAACAUGGUCUUCAGCUCACUGCGCAGCCGCAACCGCCACAGUGCCAAUCCCAAUCCAAGGUUGCACAUGCCCAUGUUGCGUAAUAACCGGGACAAGGACCUCAUCCGUGCCACUUCAACCACUGGCACACCUGUCAUCUCAAGCACCAAGAAUGGUGGCUUCACACUCACCAGCCCUGGAAGGCCACCGCUGGGCUUCACAACCCCACCGAUAGACCCUAUGCUUCAGUCACCUCUGCAGAGCCCACUGGUGUUCCCCUCCCUGAAGUCAGUGCAGCCAGUCCAGCCAGUGCCCCCAUUCUACCGUACACUACUGUCCCCCGCAGACCUUGUUAGUCCUCCAGUGUCUCUGCCCACCAGCCCCAUUCUGCCCACCACCACCAACAGUACCACCCUGAUGGACCAGCAACAGCAGCUGUUGGCUGCUGCAGCUGUGGCUUCACAUAAUAAUGUUCAUGUGUCAGAGGCAGGACUCAUGUCCCACCGCUUAACUAUACCUAAUUGUAAUCAGGACCCCACCACUGGCAGCAGUGACCCCACGCCCAAAAAGAAGCCUCGUAAAUCUAGCAUGCCAGUGAAGAUUGAGAAGGAAGUGAUUGAUGUGGCAGAUGAAUACGAGGACAAAGAUGAGGAUAAUGAUGAUAACAUCCACCAUAAUCACCACCAUCACCACUCAUCACUUCUUCACAACAAUGUCAAAAUGAAUGGAAACUGUAACAGCAACAAUAACGGUGGCUGUGGUACUGGGAACCACAGUGGUGGUAGUGGGCAGCAAUCCCCCUCCCAGGACGAGAUGAGCCCCGGCCUAGCUCUUAGAGGCAUGAUGAGACAAAGUGAAGAUGAAUGCCGGGAGGGGACUGGUAGUGACAGCAGGGGUGGAAAUGAUCUUCAAGGCUCCAAUGAGCUACGUUGCAUGGACAGCUUCACCUCUGAGGAUCAGGACCACGAGAGAGACUUUGAGAAUGAGUCUGAAACCUCUGAUUCCAAGAUGUUUUAUCGUGAUGAGCUGAUGGAUGUGGAGGAACAGCAAAAACACAGCAGGGGUGGAAGGGUUCUGGACAAGGAACAGGACGAUGAGGGUGGAGAGGAAGUCCAUUUGAGAAAGGAAAUGGAAGGCAAGGGCCAUUCCUCACCCUCCCCUCAUCAGCCUCCUAUCAAGAUCAAGGAAGAACUCAACGAUCCUACUUAUGACAUGUUUUGCAUGAGCCAGUAUGGUCUCUACAAUGGAGGCAUGGCAGCAGCAGCUGCCGCUGCUGCAAGCAUGGCUGCUCUGCAUGAGAGCUUCAUCUCUUCGAUGGGCUACGGUGCCAGCCCACCCAAAUUCCCUUCUUCUCAAUCACCAGAGGGAGACCCACGCUCAAGUCCGGAUCCCAAGAUCUGCUAUGUGUGUAAGAAGAGCUUCAAGAGCUCCUAUAGCAUGAAACUGCACUACAAGAAUGUGCAUCUCAAAGAGAUGCAUGUGUGCACUGUGGCUGGCUGCAACGCUGCUUUCCCCUCCCGGCGGAGCCGAGACAGGCACAGCUCCAACAUUAACCUGCACCGCAAACUGCUGACCAAAGAGCUGGACGACAUUGUCCUGGACCCCCAACUCACGCCACUGCCCAAGGACCUGCGAGCCGAGUUACUGGCCAAGAUCUAUGCUGGGCACCACAUGGGCUUGGACCCUAUGGCCGGGAUGGGCAUCGGAGGCGCCAGCUUCGGGCCCACCGGCCUAAACCACGAUGCCCGUUCCCCCACGAGCAAUGAGUAUCCCCACCACCCUCUCAACCAAGACCUUAAAAACCACCACACCAAUGGCUUCUCCCGGGGCCAGCCAGACGACUACAUGGUGUUGGACCUGAGCACCACAUCUAGCGUUCAAUCCAGCAGCAGUGUCCACUCCUCACAUGAGUCAGAUGAGGGCAGCGAUGAAGGCAUCCUAUUGGAUGACCUGGAGGAGGAGGAGGGAGAAGAGGAUGAGGAGGAGGGCAACAGUGAGGGGGAGGACUGCUCCCAGCGUGCCACGGGGCGGGGUGAAGGGAGGCAUCAGGAUGAGACUGGAGAAAUAAGAGGAGGACGACAAGGUGAUGGGUUGGAACCUUCCUCCUCGCCAUUCCUCCUUUCGUCCACCGGGGGCAGUAACAGUGGCAGCAGUGGGAUCCUCUGCAACAUCUGCCACAAAAUGUACAGCAACAAGGGGACCUUGCGCGUGCACUACAAGACUGUGCACCUGCGUGAGAUGCACAAGUGCAAAAUCCCUGGUUGCAACAUGGUGUUCAGCUCUGUGCGCAGCCGUAAUCGACACUCUCAGAACCCCAACCUCCAUAAAAACAUGCCCUUCUCCACAAUAAUAGACUAAAUAAUGACUUGCUAUUCUACCCUCCUGUCAGUCUGCCCGCUCCUCCCUUCAUUCCUCAUCCUAAUUCCUCCUCAAAUUAGCUUUUAACCCCAGCCCAGGGCCAUCAAAUACAAGCUAAAUGCCUGUAUGCCUCCUGCCCAUCCUCUGACAUUUCUAUGUCCCUCUAUAAAAUUAAUUGACUCUAAAUACAGUUUAUUAUUGUGACCUUUGACUUUUCCUUCUUUGGAAGAACAGGAUGACACUCUUGAGCAUGGAGUUUGCUUUAUAACAAAACUCCAGUUUCAUAAACCCCUCCAUCUUUCCUUUCAAACUUCUCCCCACUUUGUUUUCAUGUCCGUCUCCAAAGAAUCUAUUCAAACUCUUAUUUGUGACUUUGCCUGCAGAAAUGAUAGUAUUAAAAAAAAAAGAAAAUCUUCUUGUUGUAUUUGUGUAAUGAUAGCUUUUAAAUGAACCCCUUACAAAAGCAUGACAGCUUCAUUUGUAAAUAAUGUCCCAAGAGGCUUUUGGUGUAAAAGAGUUGUGUUGAUGGUUGUUUGCUUCUUUUUUCUCUCUCUCUUUAUGGUUUUAUGUUACAGUCCAGUACAAUACUUCCAGCUUUAGGCAAGAAAGAGGUAGCAUCUUACUAGCUUGACUCAUUUAUGUUAGCUUCAAAGACACAUUUUAAACUGAGUCCUAGGAAAAAAAGAAUAUCAUGUGACUUGUUUUAUCUACUUGUUAGAUAUUCAGAGGUUGCCGGCAUGCUCUUUUAGGCUCCUACACUGAUAUCAUUCUCUGUAUUUCUAUUGAUUUUUUUGUCUGUUAUGUUUAUGAGCUUUAGUAUACCAAUUCAGUUUUUGCACUUUGCAUCUAUACAAGGGGAUGUGUAAUAUUAUUAUAAUGAGGACUUUUGCAAUGGUGAGUUUAGGUGUUGUUCGGGGUCAUUGAUGGCUACAGCGCCAGGGGAAAUGACAGUACCUUCAACAUACUUGUGCCAGUUUCUUUUUGCACGUGCUCAGUUUCAAACACAGUUUCACAACAGAAAACAUUAAGAAAACGUCCUCCAUAAACGAAACUCAAGAUCUUCCCCCAUCGCUAGGCAACAUGUUGAAAAGUGUCUCCAAAGUGUCAUGCUUCAAAAGUAAUAUAGGUGUGACUGAAUAUAAACUGCUGUUUCACAAACACAAAGAUUUUGAAUACUGAUACAUUCUCUCCUCAUCUUUUUUGUUUAAAUCUGUGUAUGGUUGCCAGUUAUCACAAUAGUUAAUUCAGAGGUUUAGUGGGGUAAUCUGUCUAAAGCAUGAAAUUAUUGUGACAUUGUCAAACAAGGUAAUCAAUGAAUAAUGAAAUAUGACUCUCCCAUGGAUUUGAAAAAAAAGAGAAAAUAGAGAAAAAAAGAGGAAAAUAGUCCUUCAACUGUGACCAAAACAAAAGUGUUUGGCUAAGAAAAGCUCUUUCAGUGAGACAUUGUACUUAAAUCAUGCCCCAUUGGAUUGAUAUGAUGCACUUGAGUCUUAAAUCUUUUGCUGUGAUAUUUUAGGUAUCAGUUUCCAUUGCUGAGUGUCGGCUACAAAUGUACUCUAUGAAAAAUGUUGCCAUUUUCCUGGCAUUUUUAACAUGUCCAUGACUGUCUUACGGUACAAAUAUUUCCAGUAACUGGGCAAAGUAGCCAAGGGAAGGGGUAUUUAUUGGUGGGUGAUGUAUCCUCAUGGAGAUUUUUUUUUUGUCCAGUAUGAGAAUAUUUUUUGUAAAAAGACAAAAAAUAAGAGAUUGUUCCUCAGUUUGACUUGUUUAUCAAUGUAUUAGCAAUGCCAUGUGUUACUAUACAAGGAGAUCUUCUCUUACUUGACUGGUGCUACACACAGAGGGAAAAAUAUGCAGUGUUAUGUGGUGUGCUGUACAGUAUUCACAAUACCUUACAUCCAUAACAGUGUUGAGUUCCAUUUGUUUCAUACUUAAGCCAUUUUGCAAUAUAGACAUGACCUAUUCUAGUGAAAUAUUUCAUGCCUUUUUUUAAAGACUCAACCUAUAUGACACAUGCAGUUUUCAGUCCUCUCUUCUCAGAGAUAAAGAGAGUGAGACAGAGAGCUGAGGCUGAUGGAAAGGUUGCGGAGGUGGAAGGCUGACUAGGGAGGAAAGGAUGACAGCAACGAUCAUUAAAAAUGUGCUGCUUCUCCGUUACCUGGAGGCGUCCCUGCCAUUCCAGCUUCUUCUGUCUAAUAACUCACUUGUCACUUCGUUACACUGCCAGACGCCAAGGUUGCUGACAAGACUGUGACACUGACAGAAAGAGAAAAAGAAGGAAAGACAGAGUGUGCUUUGAACAAUUCGAUGUGACUCAUUCAAUUUAGUUGAAUUCAAUUAAUCUAUUCAUUCUCUGUGUGCUUAUUCUCAUUCAGGGUCACUAGUAAUUCAAUUCAAUUCAGUUUCUUUUUCUCAUUCUGUUUUUCUCUUUGUCUGUCAGAGCACAGUCAUUUAACAACCGCCUUACCCAUUUCUUCAACCCGCCACUCACUUACCACCUCCACACCCCACAGCGCAGGUCCUACAGGGACACACACUAAUAGUGUAUGCUUAAGUUCACUGGACGGCCAUGGCAUAGGAAAAAGGGAUGGGUAAUUGCCUGUUUAUCCCAAGUGAAGGGAAAAUUGAGUACAGGAACCCCUGCCUUCUCCCAGGAGUGGGUUUCACUGAGGCGCUUGCUGCCUCAUUCACUCAUUCAAUCCCCCUGGCCCUCGCUCUGGCAGAAAUAAAAAAGUGCUCCUGCAGGAACCCUGCUGACAACUGUCUCUCUAACACACCACACACACACACACACACACACACACACAAAGAAGAGCGGCGUACACUCACAUAUACUUCCUAUUUACAGGCCAGAAGGAUGACAAGAACUAGAUGACUUGUUAACCUCUAGUGAUGGAGGAGACAGGGAAAUAUAGAGUCUUCUCACCACAGGAAAUGAAACUCUCCGUCUAGCAUUAACAUUAUAGCCUCUGCCACAACAUAGAAAGAUCACAUUACAUUAUGAAGAAUGGCAGGCAUGAAAAGUCAGAAGCUGUUAUUCUUAUUUUAUUUUAAAUAUCCCAACAUAUUCAACAGCCAAUGAUUUUAUGUAAAGAGGACAGUGAUUAAAUGAAGAAAAUCUGUUAAAAAGUUCAGCAAGCUCAGAGACUGAUUUGUACUGUAUACACAACAUAUCAAAAGUCAUCUUAAUAUAAACGUGCUCUGCCCAAUAAUCUCAUCUUCUAUGUCUUGAUCUGAGAAAACCAAGUUUUCAGACUCUUAACACAUUCCUUAUGUCCUGUUCAUUGCUGUCCAUUUAUUAAGCAGCAACUGCAGUGCAUUACUUCUCUAUCAGUGCACGCCAGACAGAAAACUGAAUAUCAUAAAAGAGAUUCCCUUACAACACCCUUCUCUUACCUCCUACGGGCUUCUAAAGUCCUGCAUGGCGCUGGUCAUGCCAGCAGAGCUCAGAGCUGCAAGAGGCUGGAAAUAGAGCUGAGAAAAACAUGCAAACGACUGUCGAGCAAAAGCCAUGGAGACAGACAGCGAAAGGGGAAGGGAGAGAUGGUGGAAAGGGAUUGGGCUUAGAAAGUGGUCUGGCUGGAGCCUUGCGGCAGUCACUUAACAAGGCAGGGGAGGAAGAGAGGAACAGAGAGAGCAAGAGAGCAGCAGGGCCAGGACUCCCCAGGAUCGCCAGCUUCUUCUUGAUUGCCUGCUGGAGAGCGAUCGAGCAACCCCUCACAUUUCCAACCCCUCUCCCCCUACACUCUGUUCUCCUCUGAGAAAUGACCACCAAUUCCCCCCCUCUCCUCUGAGAAAGCCCCCAAUCCAAUCUUUGUCUUUUUUACUUCUCCAACCACAUGGGCCCAGGUGCAUUCUGCUACCUAGUGACCAGGCUGUGGAUCACGAGGAACACAUCACUUAGAGCACCUCAUUGGCCCAGACUACUGGAGUGAAUCUUUAAUAUUUGAUUAGAGGAGCGUCAGGCAUCAAUUAUUCUGUAAUUCUACAUAGCACGCAGAGGGAGAAUGGGAUGGCAAACGGUUGAAGCAGCUGACCUGUUAAUCACUGUCCGUUUUUUUUCACAUCACUGAGUGAGUAAGUGAGCACAAUAGGUCUAAGCAGAGAGGAUGAGAGGUGACACUGCAUGCAAACUGUCCAGUUAAUGUAGCUCAUGGAACAGGGUGGGAUUAAAAUGUUUGAUGGGACAUAAGAAAUAUGCAGAAAAAUACACAUAUUCGUGGGUUUGUAUAGAUGCUUCAGUCUCAUGUGUUAUGUUUAAAAAAAAUACCCUCAUUAAUUUGAACUGGAACCUGUGAAAUGUCAACAAUCCUGAAAAAAAAAAAAUACUGUAAAUUCAUAUUGCUCAAAACGUAAUGUUUUCCAUUGUGCCAAUCAUAUUUUACAGUCUUAAAGUAUAAAUAAGCUUGAGGACGUGGUGAAUUUAGAUUUUUUGUUUUUGUGUAUCCAAUGCAUUUGUGUCUGUGUCUUAAAAUGCCCGUGUUACGGCACUGGCACUCGACAGCGUUGCAUGGCUACAUAGUCGCACCGCAAAGAACAAACAGAGCAGAGGAGCUUGUAUCACUUUGGUGUCAAAAUGGUGAUUUGGAAGCCUCAUGAAUACUGUAUGUUACCUAAACCGGUGUUUCCCAUUUGCAGACAGGAGGAAAAAAAAAUGGUCCUCUUUUUAAAAGACUCUUGUUUCUUUUUUUUCUCUCUUUUUUUGCCUUUCUUGUAUUUGUUUCUGUAUCAUAACUGUCUAUGGUUUUUGCAUAAAAUGCAUAAGGGUUUUGGGAUGUAAAUGGAAUUUUAUUCAUAUUUUGUCCAAAUACCUCUUGUAAUUUGUAUCAGAAUUCUUGUACAAUUUUUAUAUUAAAGAUUUAUCAGUCA